AUGUUCCCUGCGCAGGACGCUCUGCCCCGCGGCGGGCUGAACCUGAAGGAAGAGCCGCUGCUGCCUGCAGGCCUGGGUUCGGUGCGCUCCUGGAUGCAGGGCGCAGGCAUCCUGGACGCCAGCACCGCGGCGCAGAGUGGCGUGGGCCUGGCACGAGCACACUUUGAGAAGCAGCCCCCCUCCAACCUCAGGAAAUCCAACUUCUUCCACUUCGUGCUGGCCAUGUAUGACCGGCAGGGCCAGCCCGUGGAGGUGGAGCGCACGGCCUUCAUCGACUUCGUGGAAAAGGACCGAGAACCUGGGGCUGAAAAGACGAACAACGGGAUCCAUUACCGCCUCCGGCUGGUGUAUAACAAUGGACUUCGGACAGAGCAGGACCUCUAUGUGCGUCUCAUUGACUCCAUGUCCAAGCAGGCCAUCAUCUAUGAGGGGCAGGACAAAAACCCCGAGAUGUGCCGCGUGCUGCUCACCCACGAGAUCAUGUGCAGCCGGUGCUGUGACCGGAAGAGCUGUGGCAACCGGAAUGAGACACCCUCAGACCCCGUCAUUAUUGACAGGUUCUUCCUCAAGUUCUUCCUCAAAUGCAACCAGAACUGCCUAAAGAACGCGGGGAAUCCCCGAGACAUGCGUCGCUUCCAGGUGGUGGUGUCCACGACCGUGAGCGUGGACGGACACGUGCUGGCCGUGUCUGACAACAUGUUUGUGCACAACAACUCCAAGCACGGCCGCAGGGCGCGCCGCCUGGACCCCUCCGAAGCUGCCACCCCCUGCAUAAAGGCCAUCAGCCCGGGGGAGGGCUGGACCACGGGCGGCGCCACCGUCAUUGUCAUCGGCGACAACUUCUUCGACGGCUUGCAGGUCGUGUUCGGGAACGUGCUCGUGUGGAGUGAGCUCAUCACGCCCCACGCCAUCCGGGUGCAGACGCCCCCGCGGCACAUCCCCGGGGUGGUGGAGGUGACCCUGUCCUACAAGUCCAAGCAGUUUUGCAAGGGAGCCCCCGGCCGCUUUGUCUACACAGUCAUGCCCUCUAGCCCCCCGCUGGCUGCUGCCUCCUCCAUGUCCCUCCCGGCGGCUGCCCCCACCACCAGCGUCUUCUCCUUCUCACCUGUCAACAUGAUCUCCGCUGUCAAACAGAGGAGCGCCUUUGCCCCCGUGCUGCGCCCACCAAGCUCCCCAACCCAGGCCUGCCCCAGAGCCCACGGAGAGGGGCUUCCAGACCAGCCUUUUGAGGAUUCUGAGAAGUUCCACUCUCCAGCCCGGGGGCUUCAGGGCCUGGCGUACUCCUAAUUACGGUCUGCAGGUCUGGCCCCUGCUGGCCCGGACUGGAGGUCCCACCAGGAUUCACACCCAUGCCCUGGAUGGCAGCACAGACAGAUGCAGGGCCAGGGCUGUGGACAGACCUCAACCCAUGGGCCUGAAUGGGGAGAGGACUUCCUCCCCAUGCUCCAGGCCCUCCACAGGCUUCUUUCACCUCCCUUUCUUGGGGCUGGUCGAAGCCCCAGCACUGUGCUGAUGCUUUUGGCAGGAGAGCAUCCCAGGGAGGUGCUGGGAUGUAGGACUUCAUACUCUGGACCGGUUCCUGUGGAAGAGAUGGACUUUGUGCAGACCUGAGGCAUCAGGUGACAGGAGCACAGGAAGUCGACUGUGGGAAAGAGGAUAGCUCAGGGAGAGGUGGCCUGGGAAGAUCCCAUUUGUGUCUGGCCCAUCUCGCUGGCCCAGCGCCCACUUCUCUUUAGGGCAAGGGAGAUGUCCAGCAGCCUCAGAAGGCUUGCCCAGGCUCCCAUGGAGCUUCUGAUGGCCGCUUGGCCCCAUGGCUGCCCCACUCCCAUCGCAGCCUGCACUCUCACGCUUGCCACAUCAUGAAUCCCAGUGGAGGCUUCAGGCAUGGCAGUGCAGAAGAGGGGGUGCUAGGCCCCUGAAUUAUGGGUCUUCCUCCCAAUAGAUGUCUCAUGGACUCUGACCCCCACACACAUGACUCUGUUGGUCCCAUAGAACCAUGGAACGGGCCCAGCUGCCCCUGGACUCACACUCUGCUCUGUUGGGGUUGGAGAAAACAGAACAAUAAACACAGAUGCAGGUGGCCACACGGCCUCUCCUGCCUGCUUCCUUGG